CGAGUCUUAUCAGAGACAGUGAACGAUAAAUAAUGAACAAAAUCAAUCGUGUUUUUUUUAUUGGAUUGCAGAAGCACACAUGAGGGUAUUAUGGAUUCACAAAUUAAAUUUGCUAGUGUACGUUAUUUCAAUGAUGAGAGCAAAAAAAUCCACAUUAUUUCUAUUGACAAAAUAAAAGAUUUUACAGUUCUGGAUAAGUAUGAAGAUCCAUAUUUUGUAAAAAGACUGAAUACUAUAACCAAUGAAGAAAGUUUGAUCGCAGCUCAAAUUAUGGAAGUAGGAACUAAUGAAGAGGACUUGAAACAUAACAAACAACGUUAUGUCUUUAAAAAAAUGCGCUACAGUGAUGCCGUACAAAAAAUAUUAGAUAAAAAAGAAAUAUUAGAAAAAGAAAAUCCAGAGCCUAACGAAACUCAAAAAGAAACGGAGUUUGAUAAUGAAAGAACAUCGAAAGAAGGUGAUGAAAAUAUAAUCAAAGAGAAGUUGAAAGCUUCAAAUCGUGACGAUAUAAUAUUUGAAAGGAACCGUGAAAAACUUUUUGAUAUUCCAAUUGCUCUAGAAAAGAAAAUUCAGUCUUUACAAGAUGAAAACAAAAAAUUACAAUUAGAAAACAAUAAUUUGAAAAAUGAUAUAUUUUUUUUGAAAGAGAAACUUCAUUCAUUGAAAACAAAAAAACAAUUAUUUCCUGAAGAAAUAAAGCGUCCGGCAUCACCCAGCAUAACCAGUACUCCAAAGAAGAUGAGAAGUGAAACAGUUAAUGUUCCCUUACAAGAUGCUGUUUUCAGUGAACCUAGUACUUCUCAACUAAGGAGUGAGCAAUCUUUAUUGCAAGAUGACUUUUGUAUUAAAGUUUUAGCAAAAAACAAUAAAACAACUCAAAAAGCAAAGAGUAAUAAAAAAAAACAAAGAAAGAAAGCAAAAAAAAUAAAAAGUCAAAGAAAGAUAAAAGAAAAAAAUAAGAAUAAAGGAAGUGACCUGGAUUACGAUUCUGAUCAAUAUAUUGGAUUAACAGAUAAAGAGAAUAUGACUACUUGGAACGACGAAGUAAGCGGAACAACUAUUAAAAUGAUGCACUUGAGGUACGGUAUCUCAAUACCGUAUAUAACAUGGAAAGAAAUAAAGAAGUUGAAAAGACCUUCUUUAUUUGUUAGACAAUUGAGCCGAGCACUUUGGGGAGUGCACAAAUUGAUGAAUAGAGCUGUGUUGUUGGAAAGAAGUAAAAAUAGAUUGCCCAACCGAUCCCCAAGAAAGCCACUAACACCGGUAAAAAAAGCUGUUUUAAAAAAAUGCUAUUCAGCUUUUAUCGAAAUGCACCACAAGAAAGAAAAAAAACAACUGAUAAAUAAAUGGAGACGUUACUUGAGCAUCUACAUAAAUUUUCUUAUUGAAACAGAAAUAAAAGAAGAAAAACAAAGAAAAAGUAUUUAGCACAUCAUCCAACUCA